GAGGAAGUGGUCUGGAGCCCAGUGGGCGCUAGUCGGAGAUGGGGCUGCCGGGGCAGCUGCUCGGGAGUGCAAGCCGUGCGAUCCUCGGGUCGGCGGAGGCUGUGCUCUGGGGCUUGAAGUCAAUAAAAGGAAGCUGCCACAAUUUUUGUACUGCUGUUUUUAAAGAUGUCACUUACAAGGAACUUAAAAGCCUCUUGAAUUCCAGACAAAUUACAUUAAUUGAUGUUAGAGAGAGAUGGGAAAUUGUCGAGUAUGGGAAAAUUCCUGGGUCUGUCAAUAUACCACUGAAUGAGGUAGGUGAAGCUCUACAGAUGAAUCCAAAAGACUUCAAAGAGAAGUACAAUGAAGUGAAACCGUCCAAAUCUGACAGCCUAGUGUUUUCUUGUUUAGCCGGAGUGAGAAGCAAGAAGGCUUUGGACACAGCAGUAUCUCUGGGCUUUAACAGUGUUCAACAUUACGCUGGAGGAUGGAAUGAAUGGGCGACCUAUGAAUUCUCAGAAAAGAAAAAAGGAAAUUGAAUUCUGGAAUACAAGCUGGCUCUUUCCUUGUGUACAUGCAGCCUAGGAUAGUAGAAUGAACAGAAGAAUAAUAAUCUAGUCCUGGCAUCACUGGUUAUGGGAAGGGGAUUUUGUGUAAGUCAAUUAUUUGUUGAAUCUUUUUCUUAACUGUAAACUGCAAAUUGAGAAUGCCUUGUCUAUUUCCUUGAGGAUUGAAAUAAUGUAUUUAACUUGCCAUGGAAAUAUAAGGGUUGGGAUUCUAGAAAUUAAUUUGUAAACAGUUUAGUGAACUAGUUUAGUAUAGUACAACAGGAUUAUCAAAGCCAAGUUACUUCUAGUACUUAAUCAUACUGUAUGACCACUUAUGUUAGCCUGGUUUCUAGAGCUAGGCAAGUUUUUGUUUUGUUUUGUUUUUUUGGUUAAAGUAUGUUUUAGUUUGUAAGCUUUCCCAUUUUAGAAAAUUCAUAAAAUUUAUUUUUCUAUUAUGAUAUACAGUACAAAUACUUCUGAUAGAUACACCUUUUACCAUAAUGAAUAGUUACUGAAUAUUGAAUAAUAUAAAGCAGCUAGUAAGCAUUUCUUGAACUCCUUUUCUUGGUUUAGAUCCUAUGCUAAAUAUUCCAGAUUCUAAAAAGAUAAUAAGAUAGAAUGUGAUUCCUCUCUGAAGAUGUUUGAUUUCUAGCAGAGGUCUAUAAAAGUAAAACAACAGACUUUGUCUUAAAACACCAAGAAUCUGAGCUCCAGAAAAGUAGGUGAAAUAUGAACAAUGAAAAUACAUUAACACCAUCCAAAGAUUUAUGGCAAUGUUAUAACCAGCAUGGUAGUGAUAUAAUUUGCAACUUAAAUUAAUAUGAUCUAUAAAGAUAGAAAUAAUAGUGAUUGCUUCUAUAAAGAGAAGACUAACUGGACAAAGCAAGGAGGGAAAUUUCUAGGGUAAUGGAAAUGAUUUAUAUCUUGAUUGAAGUGUUGGUACAUUGGUAAUACAUUUAUCAAAACUCAGUGAACACUUGAAAACAUACAUUUUCUGUAAUUAUAUCUCCAUUACGAAUAAUGAAAAUAUGAAAAAAUGUAAAUGUAAAUGACUCUCA